AUUUGGAGUAGCCGGCCGGCAAGCUGAAAGAACAGAGCGGAGACCGUUUUACUUUCCUGACUUCCAAGCCGAACCACAGGUAUGAAGACACCGCUGAGUCCUUCCCACUUCAUAGAGCAUGGCCAGAUGGCCUUCCCCUUUCAAGGCUGUCUGGAGCUGAAUCAGCUGAUGGGGAUGGAACCUACCACCAACAGCCAAGCCCAGAUCAACAUGGAUAUACAGCAACAGCAGCAGGAGAAGAAGAACCUGUUCUACUCGAUGUGUGAUGCGUGUAACAUCCAGCUGAACUCCCCGGCUCAGGCCCAGGUGCACUAUAACGGGAGGUCCCACCUGAAGAGGAUCAAACAGAUGAACAAUGGGGAGGUUCCUCUGGCUCCAGGACCAGCUACUGGGUCUCUACCCACCUCUACACUAACCCUUAGUACCAGCACCACCAGCAGUAGUACAGGAAGUUCAUGCCAUAGCAACACACUGCCUGCGCUGGUGCGGAAUCAGUCUCUGAUGAUGCAGUCCACUUUGGAUAUGAAACCCUUUAUGCCCUUCCACCAAGUGGACACCUCCUCUAGUGUGGGACUCUUCCCUAACUUUAACACGAUGGAUCCCGUCCAGAAAGCUGUAAUAAACCACACGUUUGGAGUCUCCAUCCCUCCGAAGAAAAAACAAGUGAUUUCCUGUAACAUCUGUCAACUCCGCUUCAACUCAGAUAGCCAAGCCGAGGCGCACUACAAAGGCAGUAAACAUGCCAAGAAGCUCAAAGCACAGGAGAACACCAAGAAUAAGCCGCCUAAGAUCCCUUCCUCCUCCUCCACUUCCUCCUCCCCGAACAGUGCAAAGACAAUCACCACCACAACCUCCACCACCCUGACCAGCAAUGUCACGGGCAGCAACUCUGACCAACCAGAACAAAUCGCAGUGCCUCCUAGCACGGCAGAUAAAACCUUGGCUUCUCCAAAUUCUUUUGUCCCCGUCAUCUCCACCUCCUCCUCCCUGGCAGCUUUAACAGCCACGGCCGUCCCCAGUCCCUGUAAUCCCGUCCUAUGUGAUCCAACGCCUGCCAGCCCCCCAUCAGCUACACAAGUACAACUACAGGGGCCUGUUAUGAAGAGCAGUGGCAGCAUCAGCACCAAGCCUGUGCUCACGGCCCCCAACACUGCCGCUGCUACAGCAACUCAGCCCACGCCAGAGUCGGAGGAAGAGGAAAAAGCCAAAAAGCUCCUGUACUGUUCGCUUUGCAAAGUGGCCGUCAACUCUCUAUCACAGCUGGAGGCCCACAACACAGGUUCGAAACACAAAACUAUGCUUGAGGCGAGGAACGGCGCAGGCCCAAUUAAGGCCUAUCCCAGACCGGGCUCAAAGCUCAAAGUCCAGGCCACCACCGUGCUGAAAGGCUCCGGACUGCAGAACAAGACAUUCUAUUGUGAGAUCUGUGAUGUCCACGUCAACUCAGAAAUACAGCUCAAACAGCACAUCUCCAGCAGAAGGCACAAGGACAGAGUGGCUGGGAAACCGAUGAAACCCAAAUACAGCCCUUACAACAAACAACAACGCAGCUCCACAGUCCUAGCCGCAAAGCUGGCUCUUCAGAAGGACCUGGUGAAGCCUAUCUCCCCUGCUGCUUUCCUCUCCAACCCCUUCUGCCCCACCACUGUCCCCUCUAUCACCCUGCAUCCGCGGCCCAACUCCUCUAUCUUUCAGACUGCUGGCCUCCCAGGCUCUAUGGGCUCCAUGGGCUCCUUCCUCCGGGCUGCUCCAGGGCCCAUCCGGCCCACCACCGGCUCUAUACUCUUCGCCCCAUACUGAUUCCUGGAUCGUGACACCAGGGUCGUGUUCAGUAGGCAGGGAAUGAAAGAAAAUGGCAGAAACUGAGUGAAUCAGGGUGGUACUAUCUGAGCUCGUCCACUAAUUAAUGCUUGUUUUUGUCUCCCGUUUUCCCUACGGUGUGCCCUAAUGGACACAACCCUGUGUAUCGGUAUGAGCCAGGGAGCCAGAGGUACAGUAACACAAAGGGGAAAAUGACAUGAGUAGACAAACAGGUCUCCUCUGACCACGUGGAACAGUGAGUGGAUGACAUCCUACUACAGACAGUACCUCCCCGGUGCACUGAACUGAGAGGACUACUACACUGCGAAGCUUGAACGAACAACAGUGUAUUUAUUUGAUUGAACUUGCCUGUCUGCGUGCGUUGCCCUGAAGCAUGAAGAACAGAGGUAUAGUGGGCUCGCUAAGACCACUGAGGGUCUAAGUAUUGGGAUCUUGUGGAAUAAUAAAGAGCAUCAAACAGC